AUGAAGGAGACGGAGGUCGAAGAUAUAGAUACGAAUAGAAAAGAUGAAAAAAUAAAAAAGAAAGAAAAAAUCGUAACUAUGAAAAAUGAAGAAGUGAAAAGUACGACAAAGAGUACGUUAGCCGAUAGUGAUGAGGACUAUUCAAUUAUAACAUUAUGUACGAAAUGCUUAUCUAAAAAACUUGAAGAUAAUAAGAAUCGAAUAAUCCUUGAUAGUAAAGCUUUUAAAGAUAAUAGAUUAAAAGGUAGAUGUAGUGUUAGCUCAAAUGAAGAUCCUUUAGAUAACAAAUUAAAUUUAUCACCAUAUUUUGAUAGGUCGCAAAUAAUUCAAGAAAUAAUUUUGAUGAAUAAUGAUGAAUUAAGUGAUGUAUAUGAAAUAGAUAGAUAUAAGUUGGGCAAAGGAUCUUAUGGAAAUGUUGUUAAAGCCGUAAGUAAAAGAACUGGUCAACAGAGAGCUAUAAAAAUUAUAGAAAAAAAGAAAAUUCAUAAUAUUGAAAGAUUAAAAAGAGAAAUAUUAAUAAUGAAACAGAUGGAUCAUCCUAAUAUUAUAAAAUUAUAUGAAGUAUAUGAAGACAAUGAAAAAUUAUAUUUAGUAUUAGAAUUAUGUGACGGUGGAGAAUUAUUUGAUAAAAUUGUAAAAUAUGGUAGCUUCUCAGAAUAUGAAGCAUAUAAAAUUAUGAAACAAAUAUUUUCAGCUUUAUAUUAUUGUCAUAGUAAAAAUAUUAUGCAUAGAGAUUUAAAACCAGAAAAUAUUCUAUAUGUAGAUAAUACAGAAGAUUCUCCUAUACAAAUAAUUGAUUGGGGAUUCGCUAGUAAAUGUAUGAAUAACCAUAAUUUGAAAUCAGUUGUUGGGACCCCUUAUUAUAUAGCACCCGAAAUAUUAAGAGGUAAAUAUGACAAAAGAUGUGAUAUAUGGAGUAGUGGUGUAAUUAUGUAUAUUUUAUUAUGUGGAUAUCCACCAUUUAAUGGAAAAAAUAAUGAUGAAAUUUUAAAAAAAGUGAAAAAAGGUGAAUUUGUUUUCGAUUCAAAUUAUUGGUCAAGAGUUAGUGAUGAUGCUAAAGAUUUAAUUUGUCAAUGUUUAAACUAUAAUUAUAAAGAAAGAAUAGAUGUUGAACAAGUUCUAAAACAUAGAUGGUUCAAAAAAUUUAAAUCAAAUAAUCUUAUUAUAAAUAAAACAUUAAAUAAAACCUUAAUCCAAAAAUUUAAAGAAUUCCAUAAAUUAUGUAAAAUUAAAAAGCUAGCUGUAACAUGUAUAGCAUACCAAUUAAAUGAAAAAGAUAUAGGGAAAUUAAAAAAAACUUUUGAAGCUUUUGAUCAUAAUGGAGAUGGAGUAUUAACAAUGUCAGAAAUCUUUCAAUGUUUAAAAGUUAAUGACAAUGAAUUUGAUAGAGAAUUAUACUUUUUAUUAAAACAACUUGAUACUGAUGGAAAUGGAUUAAUUGAUUAUACUGAAUUCUUAGCAGCUUGUUUAGAUCAUAGCAUAUUUGAACAAGAUGUCAUCUGUAGAAAUGCUUUCAAUGUUUUUGAUUUAGAUGGUGAUGGUGUCAUAACAAAGGAUGAAUUAUUUAAAAUUUUAUCUUUUAGUGCUGUCCAAGUAUCCUUUAGUAAAGAAAUUAUUGAAAAUCUUAUUAAAGAAGUCGAUGCUAAUAAUGAUGGAUUUAUAGAUUAUGAUGAAUUUUAUAAGAUGAUGACAGGAGUCAAAGAAUGA